CUAAACAAACACGCAGAGUCUUCUAGUUCUAACCUGCCAAACUACCGCAGGCUUGUAACCCAGCACCUGUCUCCUCAGGGUAUCUAAAGCAUUCUACCCAUCAAUCGAGCUAUUAGCCUGCCCUGAAAGGCCAGCGCACAACUACUGGUUAGCGGGGCCUUUCUACCUUCAUCGCACGCGGAGGCCCCGCAUCUAGUGCGACAGCGCGUCUCAAAUGGAGAUUACUCCUGAGCUUAUUACCCAGUACGGGCUGAUGUCUAAGAUCAGCACUGGCUCGACUUAUCUGGACAUGAUGUUCUGUCUGCUCGUCCCGCUCAUCCUUAAGCACCUGAUUCCCCUGCUGGCGACCCUUCCUUCCAAGCUGUGGAAGGAGAAGGCAGCUGCCAAGACCUUCACCCGCAUCAUUGAGCACACGCAGCGCUCGUCUUACUACUGGUGGGAUAACGACCAGCAGCCGCCCAACUCCAUCCUUCAGCGCGCACUGCUCAACAAGAUUAACAAGCACGUGCAGACGCUGUCGGAGCUGCCCGAGGCUGACCUGACCAUCAAGAAGCGACCCGCGGCCGAGGACGCCGCCGCCGCCGCCGAGGCCUGCGGCAACAAGGCCUCGGAUGACAGCGAGGAUGGCAGCGGCAGCACCGAGCACGACUACGCCUUCAACCUGGCGCCGCCCGUGGGGCAGUGGGUGGACCUCAAGAACGGCAUCCGCUUCAUGCGCGAGACCGAGAACCUGGACGACAAGGCCAAGGCCACCAAGAUCACGUACAUGCUUGAGAGUAAGGAGAAGGACGGCAACGAGCGCAUCGAGGCCUUUGUCGCGGACGCGCUGGAGACGUUCCGCAAGCAGCAGAGUGCCAAGGUGGACCCGGCCCGCUACCUGUACAUGCCGGUGCUGUCCGGCUUCCGGGCUCCUGCCAGCUCGGGUGACGGCGAGGGCGCCUCGGCGCCGUCGGCUGUGUACAAGCGCUACAAGCUGUCGGAGGAGAAGACCUUUGCCUCCUUCUUCCACCCCGACAAGGACUCCACGCUGCGGCUGGUGGACUCGUUCCUGAACAAGACCGGCAAGUUCGCCAUCCCCGGCUACCCGCAGAAGCUGGGCUUCCUGCUGUACGGCCCCCCCGGCACUGGCAAGACCAGUCUGAUCAAGGCUCUGGCGCAGCACACCAAGCGCUCCAUCAUCUCCGUUCCGCUGUCUAAGAUCUCCACCAACCAGGAGCUCAUGGACAUUAUCUUUGACAACAAGCUGACCAUUCAGAACUCCUCGGACUCGGCGGUGUCGCUGCCCUUCAACAAGACCAUCUUCGUAAUGGAGGACGUGGACGCCGCCUCAUCCGUGGUGCAGCGGCGAAACGGCGGCGGCGCCGCCGCGUCCGCCGGUCCCAGCCGUGCUGAGGUGAUGGCGCUGGCCGAGUCCAUCGCCAACGCCAAGCUGGCGGCGGCGGCAUCUGCUGCGGCGGUGGGCCGCAGCGCUAGCUCUCGGGGCGGGUGCGGCGAUGGUGCCAGCUCGGCGGAUGGGGACGAGCACCACGACCAGGAGAAGGGCGGCAAGGGCGAGAUUGAGGAGGCUGACAGUGACGACGAGGCCCGCGCCAACAACGGCGGGCAGCGCCGAGGGCAACGUGGCAGCGCCGGGGCUGCUGGGGGCGGCGGCGGCGGCGGGGGUGUGGGUGCCAGCGCCUCGUCGGCAUCCGGGUGGGAGGUGGGCGGCGGCACCGCCAUCGGUCCCUCGCUGCCCAUGGCGGCGUUCGGGAAGAACCUGUUCAAGGGCGACGACGAGCUGAACCUGGCAGGCCUGCUGAAUGUGCUGGACGGUGUGGUUGACACGCCCGGCCGGAUCAUCGUCAUGACCACGAAUCACCCCGAGAAGCUGGACCCCGCACUCAUCCGACCCGGUCGCAUCAACAAGAAGGUGUACAUGGGCCGCCUGCGUGUGUGCGAGGCGUUGUCCAUGGUGCGCCACUACUUCGGCCCGGUGUCCGCCGCUGACGAGGCCGCGCUGCGGGCGGUGUUUGAGGACGACGCACUGUCGCCGGCCGACCUGGAGGCCAUGUGUGCGGAGCACGACACCCCCGCGGAGCUGGUGGAGGCUGUGGAGCGGCGGUUGCGCGAGGGCACCGAGGAGUUUAAGCCAUGCUGAGGAGGGGGCUGAUGGAGGGUGCAAAAGGAGGGGGCGAAAGGACGGGGCUCGCUGGUAGGGAGCUACUGGUGGGCGGAAGAGGCGGCGGCGGGAGUGCCUCCCCUAUGUCUGCGCAUGCUCGAACGGGCGGUUAGUUUCUUGCUUUGAGAAGAACAAUCUUAACAUCUCUUGCAUGCACAUCUACGUAGUGCGUAGGUUCAGUGAGACAUUACAACUGUGAGCUUUUCAACCGUAGUGCAGCACAGACCAGGUUUCUCUCCGCCUGCCAAUCCGCUUGCAACCAGGCGCAAACCAAUUGCCUUUUGUUGCGUGUGUUUGUGUGAGUCUGUGUGCUCCAGACAGCAUCGCGGCUUUUUUUAUCAGCGGUGCUGUCGCCCUUGCAUGUCAACGACGUCCACAUGUUGGGCUGGGUGACUGGCUUGGGUGUCCGUGUUGGUGGCGAAUGGAACGAUGUGCGUGGAGGUGAUCAGGUGGUAUACAGAGGUUGGGAUUUCGAAGAUACCGUAGUUGAAGCAUGGGUUGUGCAGGAUUAAGGGGUACCUGCUGUACUUGCAUGCGGAUGAAAGACAGCCGGAUAGUGCACGGUACGAAGACAAGCAACUGGGAUCAAGUCAUGGAGUGACCACGGUGAACCUGGCGAUUACACCGGCCAGAUGUGGAUAGCCUAGAUAGCCUUGUAAAGCGUAGAAGACAGC